CGCGUGCUAUCACUAUAUCAUUACGUGCCGAGAGUUGGCGGCGUAAAGAUGACGGGCAGAAACGAUGCGCUUAAAAAGGACGACGAAGAUCGCGAGUGCACUUUGAAUGACGUGACGGAAGUACGGUCAAACGGAAAUUCGGAUGAAGACGAGUACGUGAAGCUGUUGCAGAAUACAUUCGACCGGAGCUACUUUCCGAGUGACUUCGACGAGUGGACAGUGAGCGAAAAAUAUAGCUGGAUAAAUAAGAAUCUCUCCAAAUUCUAUCCGAACGUGCCGGAAUCCUUAUUGGAAUUCAUCCCGGCUUCCUUCUGUCAUGGGGACUGCGGUCGAUCGCCGGUGGAGAAACCCGAAUGGCUCGACAUGGAUAAGUACCGCAGGGGGCAGAAAUUCGUGCAGGAUUACUUCGGCGGAAUUACCAUAGCCAUGGUGUUGGCGCUCUUGCCCGCUUUUUCCUUCGAAAGUAAUCUAAAUCCAAUUAUCCUCCAUGACCGCGCUCACACGCCGUUUUUGGGAUUCAAAAGAUACUUGUCGACCAUGCGCCGGAUGAUGAAUUGGUUCGCCGGGGAACCGUGGGUCAAGGGAACACUCGCGUUCAAAGACAUGGAAGUUGUACGCAAAAUGCACGUGAGAAUGAGAGCAAAGCUAUCUCAGUUUGACGAUCAUAAAAUCGACGACGCGUCCAAAUUCGCGAAUCCAUGGUGCCCGGAUCGUGAAUUGCUUUUGAAAGAUUUCGCCGAGGGGUGUCCGUUCGAGAGGAUCGGGCAACGUCCUUACAAGAUGUUCGUCGAUUUGCCAUUCAAGCGCAAAUAUAUAAACAACGCCGACAUGGCGAUGAUUCAAUGCUGCUUCAUAGGCUUCGUUUUAAUUUAUCCGCAAGACUUCGGAGCGCACGAUGUAACCGACGAGGAUAUGGAGGCCUUUUGCCACAUCUGGAGAUGUUACGGAUAUUAUCUCGGAAUGGAAGAGAAAUACAACUUUUGCCGUGGGAGCUUGAAGGAGAUAAAACAACGUUUGCAGGAUUUCUAUCAAUAUUGGACGAUACCUAAUUUGAAGGAAGUGACACCCGAAUGGGAACACAUGACGAGAUGCGUCAUCGAGCCGUUUAAUUAUUUCCCCUUUAUGUAUAUGUCUUACAGGUCCGCGAUAUUACUUAUCACGGAUGUAUUUGGCAUAAACAUGCCGCGUUUACACGCGUCUCUCAGUUAUUUAGACUGGAUCAGUUAUAAGCUUUGGAAAUUUGUGCUGCGUCAUGUUUUGAAGCUUUCGGGCGUAAGAUCAUUGUUUAAUAAGGUGUUACUGAGCCUAUUGAAUCAAAUGGCGAACUGUAGCUCGGAAAAAGAAGCGCAACUUCACAUGCGAUCUAAGAAGACAACGCCGGAUUUUUCUGUCACUCUUUAAUAGUAAAAUAGUAAAGUUUUUCUUAGGUAUAUAUUAGUUUAUUUUGUAAAAAUAAUCUAAUUAAUUAAUUUUCCUCAUAUUUUGUAUAUUUCCCAGAUAUAUAU